AAUUAGUUCCGAAAGGUUUUAGCGUAGUCGAAUAAUCCCCAGUUUCUGGGUCUUUAUUCUGUCUCAGUUUAUCCUGUAAGCUGAUCUGGAUACUAAGGUUCUUGCCAUUUAGGACGAAAAUUCACACUACCUACUAUUAUCAUAGUAAAUGCUACAAUUCCGUACGUUGGGCUUUUCAAAUGACAUUCAGCUUAACUACUCAUAACUUUCUACCUUGACACAGUAUUCCUGUUGUGUUUAUCUACAAAUAUGCUUUUAAAUACAAUGGGUGAUUUUGACAAACUAAUGGUGACUUCUGUCACAGACAGUAAUCAGUUCAUCACCGUAUCUUUGUACUUCUACGUUGUUCUUUGCGCCAGCAAGAAUUUCGCCAAAUAGUGAUUGGACCCAUGAAGAUUAACUUCCCUAACCGACCUCAGGGUGUCAAACUUGCGAUUCAGUGGCCAGGUUGUUGAAUUACAUUGUCUUGAGUCAUUUCAAAAGGUUCAGUUACUCUUUGUGUCCGAAGCGUGCCCUACGUCAAAGUCAUUUUGACAAAACAGGGGUGUCAAUGCUUUAACACAGCAUGAUAGUUAAGUAAGUCGACUUUGAGUUAGCUUCGUUGAUUACUCCAGUCACACUGAAUCACAUUUUCGUACUUAAUAUUUUAACAUCAACCUGUUUGUUAGGAGUCUUGACCAGUUAAGAUGGCUUUUCAUUAUCUACUCCUUUAAUGUUUCUGCUUCCUGUCAAUUGGUCAACGAUAACUGCCUUAGAAUUAUCUCGUAUCUCUUCAUGAAGCCGUUGUAACAUUAACAACACGGUAAGAUAGAGACGAUCUUUUAUUUAAUAUUAUUAAUUGGUUGGUUAUAUACUUUUAUUUGAACAGUGAUAGUUAUUUGGGAGCUAAUUAACCUGGGAAUCUACUUCGAUUGUGAUUUUAGCCAACUGAUCAAGCUGCUCAUAAUACCUAUAAACGUAUAAUCUAGAUAAAUGAUUAAGCAAGUUUACUCUUAAAACUGUUUGCUAUUCAUAAGAGAUAUAUGACCAGUUGAUGUAACCGGCUUUUGUUUUUAUGGUUAUGUUGUGUUUCUUCUUGGAAUUUGGGUUUAAAGUCAUAGCUUCCGUUAAAGUAAAUUUGACUAGAGUUAGCCAUGCUCAUUCAUCUUAACUCCGAUUUGUUCAUCCGUAGAUUCAGAAAGAUGACUGCAGAUUUGACCGAUGAGAGUCUCUUUCCUAUUGCUAUUCUUAUUGAUGAGUUAAGAAAUGAGGAAAUGCAAACUCGUCUGGCUAGCAUCAGAAAACUUACUACUAUUGCUCUUGCACUUGGUCCAGAGAGGACAAGAACAGAAUUGGUUCCAUUCCUAACCGAUACCAUAUAUGAUGAGGAUGAGGUACUUAGGGAAAUGGCCAAACAAUUGGCAGACUUUGUUCCAUUGGUUGGAGGACCUGAAUAUGUUCAUUGUCUUCUACCACCAUUGGAAGGACUUGCAUCUGCUGAAGAAACGGUUGUGCGGGAUAAAGCUGUGGAGACGUUGCGAACACUUGCACCUAGUUUCUCACCCAAGGUUAGUUUUUCCUCUUUGUACUGGAUCCACGCUUUGACGUUAUCUUUAAGUUUUCUUAUAACCGUACGCCUAUUCAUGGUUGUGUCGAUAUCCAUUUUAACUCCAAUAUUUUCUUCAGGGCUGUGAGCAAGAUUCGGGACCUUUACCCUUCUCAUGAUAUACUCACUACAACACGUAACUAUCUUCUGGAGUAUUAUUAAAGCUUACAAGUGUGGGACAAACUGGAUAAGUUCCAUACAGGUAGUGCUGUUUGGACUGCCCCGAAAUCGUCUUUUUUUAAACUCCAUGUAGUCACGUACGACUUGUUUAUCCGGUUUCUGAUGAAAUACAACUGUUCAGCGUCACUGGGUUAAGGUUUGCGCCAACCAAGGAUCGUAUCAUAAUUACUUUUUCUUCUUUGGACGCUUCGUGACAAUGUAGUAAUGCAAAUAAUUAACUCAGAGCAUUUGAUUACGAGUUGGUCACUUUGUAGCUACUUUUCAUCUUAAUAUCCUUGGCUGACAACUCGAUUUGUGCUCCAGUUAUCUAAGACUGUGGUAAUGACUGCGUUUUCUUGGAUAUCAUGUUCUUAGUUUCCCUUAUACUGAAUUGCCUCUGUUUUUCGGUUUUUAACAUUCUCUAUAAAAGACUUCCCUACAAAUUCCAGAAUAUUCAUUCUCUACUAAGAUCAACAUUGCGUUUCUUUUGGGGGCUUAGAAAUGUAUAGAAUAUCCCCGUGGCAUCUCACUGGAGUAAAUAGCUGGGAUUCUCGUUUUUAUGCAAUUCACGUCAUUGUUUCUUCAAAUCCCUCCAACAUAUUGAAGUCUGCAGGUGUUGCUACUCAUAUCUACAUCAGACUUGAUACCGAAUUGUGAUCAAUAAUAAUUCAAAAUUGAUUGUUGCCGUGCUAUCUUUAGCUGUGAGAACAGACCGAUACACGUUCGUGGUAGAUCCCACGUUAAUAGUAUGUCCUGCUGCUAUUAUCGUCUGUCCAACUAUCUUACACUGGGCUGUCAAGUAAACCUCCCUCUCCUAAAGCCUCCGGUUUAGUUGUCAAUUGUAGUCAUAAUAUGUCCUGUAGUUUACUGUCUAGAUGAUUCGUUAUAAACUGUCCCAAGUUUUUGGUUCAAAACUACGACUCAGCGGUUGAAAUUCGAGUGGCCUAACCACUGAGCUACCCUUCCAUGAUGUAACUCAGCAACUUAAACAUCCUAUAACCUCUAGUUUCGACGAUUCCCGUAGUUGAAAGGUAUGGUUAUUGUUUUUAAUGAAUUGCAGUUAUAUUCUCUUCGGAGAAAAAUGUAAGUAAUGUAGUAUUGUGACUUUUGCUGGAUGAGUAUUGAGUAAUAUUCUUGCAGGCUGACUAACUGUUAAAUGAGUUACUUGAGCUCACACCAAUUAAAAGAACCAAUAUACCUUUACGGUGUAUCUUCAAGCAUGAUGGCGUGAUCAAACUGUAUGGAGGGAAAUAAACUUCCCAUCUGGAGUUUACUCUGAAACUCAUACAUAAAGUUUUGAGGAACACCAUCUUAACUUAAAAAAAAACUAAAACGAAUAAAUUUGGUUUUUAUUUCUUAAACAGUAAAUAUUCCUCUCUCAUCUAGUUAACUUUAACAACAGUAUCACAGCCCACACACAAAUUAAGUGACUUGUGUGGUGCAUAUGUAUUCUGUGCCCAUUUGUACCAAUAUUUAUGUGUUUAAAUAAAUAAUUAACAGCUUAUGCUUUUUGACUUUUAUCUCGAUCACGAUGGAAGUGUAGUAUCUACGAAUCGGGAUCUCGGUCUUUUAGUUUACAAUCAUGAUGGACUCCGUUGAUUCCUAAAUAAUGAAGUGAAGUGUCUAUAUAUUUUACAUACAUAGUAUAUGUGUAGAUCAUGAUUUUAUACUAUAGUGCUUUAAACAGAUACAAUGCUAGUCAUUAAUUGGGACUCAUCUGCUUGUCUUUGUUUUUAGGAUUUGGAAACUCACUUUCUGCCACUGAUCAAGCGUUUGGCAACAGGUGACUGGUUUACUAGCCGUACUUCUGCUUGUGGACUGUUUAGCGUGAUUUAUCGACAGUCUUCUACUGCUGUCCGUGCAGAACUGCGUCGCGCCUUUAAGCAGCUUUGCACUGACGAUACUCCUAUGGUCAGGCGUGCAGCUGCUAACCGUCUCGGAGAACUAGCUCGUUGUUUGGAUCUAGAUGCGUUACGUUCGGACCUGUUACCGCUAUUACCUCCUCUUUCCCAAGAUGAUCAGGACUCUGUACGAUUACUGGGUGUGAAUGCGUCAGUAGAUUUCGCUGAAGUUCUUCCUACUGAAGAUGUCUUGACACACAUCAUUCCUCUUAUAAGAGGAGCUGCAGAAGAUAAAUCUUGGCGAGUCCGUUAUCAAUUAGCUGAUCACAUUACUGAUCUACAGGCUGCAGUAAAACCCCAACUUGCUGGACAGCACUUGGUAGACGUUUACCAGAUCCUUCUCAAAGAUCCAGAAGGAGAAGUUCGCGCAGCGGCUGCAGGCAAACUGAAGAAGUUUGCUUCGUCUCUAGCCCCUGAUAUUCGUGAAUCCGUAAUUAUGAAAACAUUGUUACCUAUCAUUCGGGAAAUGGUCGGUGAAACUAAUUUACAGGUAAAAACGGCUCUGGCCGGUGUCAUGAUGGCUUUAGCUCCGCUGCUUGGCAAGGAGAAUACAUUAGAACAUCUUCUUCCAUUACUGUUGAUUCAAUUAAAGGACGAAAAUCCAGAUGUCCGUUUGAAUAUUAUAUCUAAUUUAGAGUGUGUAAAUCAAAUUAUGGGAAUUACCCAACUUAGUCAAAGUCUACUUCCUGCUAUUGUUGAAUUGGCCAGUGAUACAAAGUGGCGUGUUCGUCUAGCAAUAAUUGAGUAUAUGCCACUAUUAGCCAGUCAACUUGGUUUGCAAUGUUUUAACGAGCGACUCACAAAUUUAUGCUUGGGUUGGCUAGUAGACGAUGUAUACGCUGUACGUGAAGCAGCUGUAACAAAUUUACGAAAACUUAUGGAUCAAUUUGGAGUCGAUUGGGCCAGUUCUCAAAUCAUCCCUCGUGUAAGUUAGCUAUCCUCAGUACUCUUUAAUUUUUCUUCAGUCUUGCGGUCAAAUGGUCGCGCUCUAUUUUCACAUUAGCUGAUCAUUUUUUGUCAUAGCAAACUUGUUUCAACUCCAGGUGUCAAUGGGUUUUUAGUGUUUUUCUUCAUAUUUGUUUUACUCAAUGGCUUGGUCGAUCAAGGCCAUUUAAUUAACAAUAGUAUUUCAUUCACAUCACAUUUUUUGUAGGUUAUAUUGUAAAACAUAUUAUUUUAUCGUUAAACUGAUACUUUUUUGUCUAAGAAUUCCUUUAGACAUCCUGAAUUAUGGCAAUCAAAACAAUGCAACAAUUUUUCAGUGUUUCUGUUUGUUGGACCUAACCUUCAGUUUUCCUGUUUUAUUGUAUUCACUGUCAUUCCACAUAAUAUCAACGCAAAUACCAGUUCUUUGUUUGACUGUUAUUGGGAAUUGUAGAGUCGUUCUUUUUUAUGAUAACUUCGUAUUUUCUUCAUUUAUUAUUGGUUGUUUCCUGCGAAAAUUGUUUAAAAGCAUAUCCGAUUGCCUCCGAACCCCAAUUCGGGCUACAAAACAUUGCUGCAUACGGACCAUGUAUAAUGCUCGCCUGAUCGUCUGUUUAAGGACUAUGGAAAAGUUUCACUGACUUAUCGUUGAUUUGCGUUGCUUUCUUCACUUUUAAUGACUACCGAUGAAGUGAGAUAUAAGUUUAGUCAAAUUUUUUCUAAUUUCAUAUCUGAGUAUAAACAUAAAUCCCAUUGAGACAAUUAGUGAAUAGAAGAACAGAGAGGGGAAAUUUUUCUCAAUUAUUUUUCAUCAUGGCUCAGUCAGUCAGCUACAACGUAGGACCAGGCACAUAUAUGCAUCAGUACAAGUUUCUAUACCUCAUUAGCACAAGAUGAACAGCAAGAUCAUAGAAGCACUUACUUCAACGAUAGUAAAAAACAUUAGGGUGUAUAUAAUUUAUAACGACAUAUUACUGAUUGAGUAACAGUAUUACAUAAUAAUAUUGUAAGUUCUACAAGUUACUAAAAAUCAUUCCAUUUAUCAACUAAGUGAUGGAAUAUGGUGAUUGUAAUAAUCAAAGUAAUUACUUGUAAAAUCGGGAACAGUUAAGCGACUGUCAGAAUACUUAAUUACUCACCUACUCACUCACUUCUCAGGUACACCAUAUUGUCGAAGAAGGUUACAUACGGUUCUCCUAUCCACACUGUCGAACGCCUUCUCACAGUCAAGGAAGUUGAUUUGUAGUGACAAAUUCCAUUCAAGCGAUUACCCAACAAUGAUCCGUAGUGUCGCGAUUUUGUCUAUGAACGACCAAUCCUUAUGAAAUCCAGCCCGUUGCUUUCGAAGUUGCGUGUCUACUAAAUUUUUCAUUCGGUUCAACAACACUACGUUGGAAACUUUUCGUGGUACUGAUAGCAGUUUGACGCUUUUGUAGUUCUCACACUUGCUCAGAUCUCCUUUCCUUGAUAUUUUUCUUUCCAGUCUGUCUGCACUUGUUCUUCCUCCCAAAUCUUCAUGAAUAGAACGUGGAGCAUGUUUGCAGUUACUUCUUUGUCUUACUUCAAUGCUUCAGCUGGUAUAUUAUCAGGUCCUGCUGUUUUCCCACUCGUGAUUUGUUUGAUGCCCAUGCUGAUUUUUUCGAUCGUUGGAGUGACAUCUAUAGGAAGGUCUGUAUGUGCUGCUUCGAUGUUUGGUGGGUUCAGUGCUCUACCCACUGGUGCCGUUGUUCUUAAACCGCAAUGAUUGAUUUAACUUCUUUGUCCUUGGCUGGCUUACAAUAUUUCCCUGAUGGUUUCUUCGUUGUCAUAUAGUUAUCUCAUAUUUCCUUCUCCUGAAGCUUUUCCCACUAUCAUUUCUUGAUAUUAUGUAUUAAGAAAAUUUAUAAAAGCUUUUUAUAAUCCGUUAAUUUUGCGGAAAUUGCGGAAGAAUUAAGAGAGGAAUACUAAAGUCACGUAAAAACCAAAACUUGAAAGAAAUUAGAAAAUGUUUUUGUAAUGUAUGUGGUGGAUCAACGUUCAUUUAUAACCCACUCCCAUUUUAAUGACCUGGUUAAGAAAAGAAUGGUUAGAAAUGACUACGACUUACGUUCUCGUUCACUUAGUGAACGUAAGACCUCAUCUUAAUUUGAACUAAACUUCCACCAAAUUCACCACAUAGUGGGGUUAAUCACAUACCUCUGAACAUGUUGGUAUCCGCAUUCAUACAUCUUUGCAGAAGUUUGUUCAACCCUUCCCCAUUUUGACAUUAAUUACAAUAUUAUUUAACUUUUUUACUACACCAGCAUUUUGUCGUCGUAAAUCAUAUACGUUUAUGUCUACCCAUGAUGAAAAACUAGUUAAAAAGAAAUAUUUAUUCUCUCUGUUCUGUUUGAUAAAUAUAAUCUUCAUAGAAGACAUUCUCUGUGAAAUAAUGAACAAAUCAACGCAAAAUAUGUGGUGAUCCUUGCAUAACUCAAAUUCAGGAUGCUAUUGAUGGGAAUCCUACUCAACUAACUGUUGAUCAAAAAUAUUAACCUUAUGUAUAUGCUUGUCACAAAUACCCUAUGCUGCUACUCCGUAAUACCAAAGUAUAUUGGUAGAUUAAGAAGCUGCCGUAGAUAGAUCGAUUCUAUAACUUUAGUUAUUGCAAGCGAGUGAAACCCAGUUGUCAUCGGUGAUCUCACGUUUGGAUUUUGCGAAGUGCGUAAUGUCCGUGAUCCACUAUUCCCAGGUGAUCGUAGAUCUUAAAUAAAAUGUGACUAUUCGCUUUCUUGAGGAUGAGAGCCAUUUUGUCGUUUAAUAAGUAUAUAAAACCAUAACAUUCUUUAGAACAAUCCUUAGAAUGUUGAUAAUAAAUCAUGAUGCACUUCUAUGCAAUUAACAAUAGAGUUUCGUCAUCAGAUCUUAGACUUAAUACUAUUCAGUCAUCCUGGGUAGUAUAAUGCGACGUCAAGAAAUUCAGUUUUCCGUUGCGACGAAAAACACGAAAAAGCUAACAUUCUCCCUUGAUUCACAAUUUUUUCAGAAGUUCUAUCUGUCUUCAUUGCUUGACUUAAUUGGAAUUUAGUUUGUAUGUCACCAUGAGUAAUUGUCAAGGGAUUCGUAACAUUGUAGAGUCUUCGUCACUCAAUUGCAAAGGAAAGUUAAUUUACGUACCCACUAAAUACAAUGGUUGUGGCUAGUAAUCAGGACCCAUUGUAUUACGGUAAUAUUCUUUCAUCAUAGUGAAAAUUUGAAGGACGACGGGAUUCCGAAUUUAUUUCUUUUAGUAUCGCUUUGUAUUUUAUAAUCACGUUCAUUCCACUUCACGACAUGCUACAUUCCUAAUGUUAUCCCACCUCCAUACACAAACUGUUAAAGCAGUAUUUAAGACCCAUAAUGUGGUUACAUGUUGGUAUAUUCUUCUCCACACAUUGGUCCAGGUACUAUCCGUUGAUUGAAUUUUUCAACUAAUAGCCACUUGUUAGUUAACAUGUUAAAGAAAACCCUUGCUUUGAUAUACUUUUCUUUGUAGCAAAUUAAAUCUUUUCUGUAAUGAAUUGUUAUCAUAUUGAUUAUAACCUAAAUAUGUGAAAUGAUUAUUGUUGGUAGAUGGAUUCUCUACAUACGAGAAUGUAUAGUGCAUGAUAUUAGUCGUCUGACCACACUAUAACUGCUUUAUCCAUGUUUUACCAAGAAUUUUAUUUAUGCCCUCGAAGGGGGAAUAUAAACUCUUGCUUGUAAAGCCUUAUUCGAGCAGUUUUUAAGUUAUUAGUGAUUAGCUUCUUUUGUAAUGUUUCAUUCACUAAUUCUUUCACAUAUUCCUAAGGAAUAUUUAUCUGCUCUGUCUGCUUCAAGAGGACUAGACUGCAAAUGACGUAGAGAAUUGAGCAGAACAAAUUUAUUAUGUUAUGUCAAGGUCAAACGAGUUUCAAGCUUCUGUUAAAUCCAUGUGUUUUCAUAAUGCCGUGUUUUGCAUACAGUCUAUGGUCAUUGGGAUUUUACUACGAACUGAAAUCUCCAGUCCAAGGAAUUAUUGUUUACCUGUUUGUGAUUUGCCUACAUAUACACUGGUGUGAGUUUUCGACGUACUUACUGUCUUAUGGUCUUUUAACUCUCAUAGUUAAUCUUAUUUUAUUGUUUGAAAAAUGUUCAUUCCAUACACAUGAAGCUUCAGUACCAACGCUACUUCUAAAAGCACUGGUAAGUAAAUAAGCAACUAAAUUAAAUGUAGGCAUUUAAAUAAUGGUUUGGUAAUAUUUGGCAGGUCACACUAUAGUCAAUUAUUACCUAUACACUGCUAAAUUAGUUUUGGUCAUUUCAGUGUUCUAGACCCAGAUUAUUUUACUGCACUCUUGAGCCGAAAGUUUUCGAUACAGUGGUCUGAUUUCUUACUUCAUGGGGUUACAAUUUUUGUGUUGGUAUCAAAUGAUAUUUGUUAUUGACGUAGUUGAAUUCAGAUAUCAGAAUAUAUGUUUAGCUCUUCAGAAAUAAAUUAUCGUCUCUGUCGGUUGAUAAGUGUUUAACUGUAACAAAUCAUGUGGUUUUGGAGGUUAUUCUAGUCAUAGUUUAAUUGUUUUGCUUUUAUUCCAUGUAUGUCACCAUAGUGUCACUUUAUUUGUUAAACAAUCACUACAUGAAAUACUGACUAACAUGAAGAUACGUUCUGUUCAAAUAUCUGGGAAAAUUUAUAAGUCUAUGUAAAGGUUAGCUUAUCAAUUCAUUAAAAUACCACAAGUAAAUUCACACAAAAUGCAUCAAACUUUUUCACGGUUAUUUUUAAUAUAAUGAUGCCAAGCAACCAAAUAUUUGACAAUUAUACAUUACUUUCUAAAAAAAUUUACAGCUCAUACAACUCUCUUACGAUCCCAACUAUCUUCGUCGAAUGAUUUGUUUGGCAUCCCUUCAUCAGCUAGGUGAAGCUCAGUCUUGUCGGUCGGAAUUACUGCAGAAACAUUUACUUCCUACUAUAGUUCAACUGGGUCAAGAUCCUGUGCCAAAUGUUCGUUUCAAAGUUGGUCAAAUUUUGGGCAAAAUUGGCCAUCUUCUGGAUGCAUCGACUAUACAGACAUUUGUUAAACCAACGUUAGAAAAACUGGGCUCUGAUACAGAUCCAGAUGUUGUUUAUUAUGCCAAAGAAUCCAGCGAAUUACUUCAUCUUUCAGGAAGAUGAAAGCCAUGUCAAGAAACCACACGCGUUUUAUUCUGUGCACAGGAUAAUUAUGAUAUUUAAAUACAUGUAAAUUGUCAGCAUAUCUGGUACCUUACUUCCAGAGUAGUGAUACUCUAUUAAUAAAGUAAAUGUGAGCUUGUGUGUUUGUGGUUCUUGUUCAAUUGUGUCUGUGUAUGUGCCUUAACGUAAACUAGUUGCAUAUGUUUGUAUUAGUUAUUAAAUUCUGUUCUCAUUAUUAUUUUGAAGAAAACGAUAAGGGAAGUGCAUGUCGUCGUUUAAUUUAUUUAUUGUCAACUGCAUGAAAGUAGCUUGCUUUCAUAAAGCAAAACUCAAAUGUUUGUGAUUCAUCUUUUCUUUUUUAUUCAAUAAAACGUCGGAAUACAAUAUCGUUACGAAUUAUGAAUAUUAGUCGUGUGCUUGGCCCGAAUUCCUUGUACAAUGUCGCAAAACAAAAAUAUGCACUAUGUGGAAGUGUGCUGCUGAUUAUAGCUGAUCAGAUAACUAAAGCUUAAACUUUUAUAAGUAUGCUUGUUACUACUGCUUUACCAUCUAAGGCAAUUCUAAGAAGCUACCUGCCGGGUUGCAUAGUUAAAAACACAAAGUACUCGUAACUGACCAUAAGUAUGAAACCAUAUGCUACAUAAAACGUAAAAUGAAUUCAUCAUAGUUACAGGUAAAUUCCAUAGUUUGUUCAUAAAAAUAUCAUAUUCAUCAUUGCUACCAUUUCGCCUUCAGUAACUUACUGGAUUCUGAAUCCUUUCAACGUUAAAUGCUCAUAUCUUGUGUGAUUUGUAACUUAAAUGCAGCUACAAUAAUUUGUGAUUGCUGUCCGGCGACAUUAUUGUUUGGUAAUUUAUGUCGGAUCUUUGUUCAUAUUAAUACAACACUAUGAAAGUAGCGUGAUCAAGUUUCUGAUGACUUUUGAAUGGGCAAUAAUAUGUUGAAUAAUUAAAUAAAAUAAUGAAAGACAUUAAAAUCUCUAGAAAAAACACCAACGAUCCAUUAAUAAUUGAAUUAUUUUGGGAAUGUACUUUUGUCACCAAAUAGUUUGAGUGUCCGUAGAAAAGAUCGUAUUUUAUGAUUUUCUAGUAACUGACAGUUACUACUUUGAAGUACGUUUAGACCAUGAAUAAAUUAAGCGAGCGUCUCUAAUUCACACUCAGUAAAAUAAACUUAUCUGUAAUUCAUUUCUCUAAAUAUAAAUUUAUGACAAACGUGUAUUAUCCAUAAUGACGCUUUUUUUCGAUUCCCAAUUUUCUUGCUGAUACCGAUAAUGUUACUGUUACUACCAAUCACAUUGCCUAGAGAUUAACAAGCAUUAAAACGCUUACCAUGAUAUGGGUACAAAACAUGGUAAUAAAAUUCCCUAAAGAUAGUGAUAUACUUGUUCAUUGAAAAUAGGUUUCACUAAGUAUAUGCUGACAUUUAUUGUAAAUAAUACGUCAAUUAUGUUGCAGUUCGUUUACAGAUUCUUUGCAAUAAGAUUGAUCGCCUGAAUAUUAUCAUAAUCCAGU